UUCAGUCAAAAAUUACACAUGAACAGCACAAAAACAAAAAUAUUCGAUUCACCAGUUCAAAGAAAUAUUAUCCACAGAGAUAAACUUAUAUUUAAUAAAAACUUUUAAAAUGAGCCAGUCGACUGAGAGGAGGACCAUGAUUCAGGAAAAGAGAAAACUAAUGGAGGACAAAAGGAUGAACAUGGGAAUGAAGUCCUUCUGCGCUUCUUUUAUUGGGACCAAUUUCCGACCAAGUGACGAUCCGCGAAACUCGUUCUCAUCCAUGAUGAGGCGCCAUAUUGCUGAUAAGCAAUUUGUUGAUGCUAGUUAUGAAGCGAAUGAUGAAGAAGUUUUUGAACCCAUUUAUCAAACGGAAUUUGAUGACGACAGGGACCUUAAGCUUGAACCCACUUUCUCUAAGCACCGCAUACCAUUGCAAAUACGAUGUCUAGAGCGGUACCACAAUUCCAAGCGGGAGUACGCCCAGCAGUUCAAGCGGGAAAUAAAACUGCUGAUCGACAACCAGUCUACAGCCGAAAAUGCCUGGCAAUUUGUUAGAUACCCAUUACUCAGCUAACAAAUUUCAGACAAUAUAUUCCCCCACAAAACAAUCGGUGACGCCAUCUGAGAGAACUACACAGCCAACCCUUGAAGAGUGCAGCACCCCCACACCUUACUAACAGUUCUGUCUCUCUCUCUCAUCUGUAACCAUCAGCAGAGCAGCGGCCGAGCAGCAGCCGAGUAGCGGCCAAGCAGUGGCUGAGCUGCGGCAGUGCCACCAUAUCUACCGAUAGAUUUGACCAAAGCACACACAGAGUACAACAGCUAAGGUCUAACAUGUAUCAGAGUGACGUGACAGACGUGUUUCGCGAUUUGUGGGCGUUAGAGUGGGCGUGGCUCCGUUUGACGAAUAACGAUUAACGGGUAUAGCUAAAACCGUAAAUUUGAAUUCUAAACAAUUACUUUUUCUCUACGUACAUUCGAAUAACUUGAAAAACAUGUUUAAAAUUCAUUUUAACGAUAGUUAUAAAUGUAAUCGUCUGAUAUUAAUGAAACUAAACCCGUAAUUCUGAAAUAUUAAACCAUUACUAGACCUUAAAGAAUAUUAAACAAAAUUGAAAAGCAGCGAGGCUAUAAUUUUUUGUCAACAGUUAUUUCGAUUGUUCUUAUGGGAGCUAUAUGAUGUAGUUGGCCGGUCUGACUCGUUCCGUUUUUGUUUCGGAUGGACGACUGAUCAUAUAAAUCAAU